AUGGCCAAGCUGCUGUUCAGGCACGAAGAUCAGCUCGGGAUCAACAAGUCCGAACGCUUCAUCAUGUUCUUCAAGCGGGAGAGCCACAUGUCACUAGUGACGAAAUUCGUUCAGAAAUCGGAGCAUUGGCACGAAAUGCGCGAGCAGAAGGACAACGAGAUCAACCUGCCGCUUCGAUCCUUUCUGUUCCGGACCCUCUUGGACGAACUCCUGUCAUGCCUUCAGAAGGUGACUCAAUCCAAGGACCAGCUCUCGCAUGCUCGGCAGUUGCAGCUCUUCCCCCCGUCGGAGGACGAAAAUGCAGAGCUCCUCAUCCCGUUUCUGGUUUUCAAUCAGGAUGGCAGGCGGCUGGAGACGCUUGCGGAUCGCACUCCGAUCCCGCUUGCUCGCAUGGUGGAGAUCCUGGAGGAAAUGAAGACGGCCUUGCUCCUCUCAGCAUUCUGCGCUUCCACUCCACGCAAAAGUUCCCUUCCUCCUUCAGACCGGCUCCCAGACCAAGGAGGCUCACACCCUGUUCCAGCAUCGGCUGCACCUCUCGCAUUCCUCGCUGUGGCAGCUAAUCGGCCGCUCUCUUCGCUCGGAACGGAUGGGUCGCUCCCCCCUGGCCAUCGAGAUGCCCAAGAUGCUCCAGCAUCACUGAGUGUUCCCUCCUUACUUCAUCCAGACACGAUCACUGCCAAUACCUGCAAUCACUGUUAUGCCAACUCUGUUUUGCUCUCACUGUGUUGGUCGCUAUCCUUUCUUCCCUCCCAUGAGGUUUAUUGGACGGCGGCUAUGCAAUCGGUUAUGCAGCGAAUGCGCACACAGGCACGACUGCCUGAUCUGUGGUCCAAACUUCACUGGACCCUUCUGCACUCAGAUUGGCUUCGUCCACAUCAGCAACACGACAUUGCUGAAUACCUUGUUUUCGUGCGCAGGUUGGUCAUUCCGAACCUCCUCGCCGGAGGCUGGCAGUGUUGUCUGUCUGUUUCGUCGGACUCUGCUCCGCCUGCUGCAGUGGGAUCUCCCCUUCCUGUGCGCUUUCAGGUGCGUGACCGUGGGGUGACAUGGCCGCUUUUCGUCCCAGAGCCGCCAUCUCAGGUAGCAGCUAAUGUUGAAGGCACGCUUACCUUGCAAAAGCUGAUCAAUAGCUGGAGCCUACAGACUUUUGACGGGGCUACCGCCCUCCUCUCUGAGCCACGGCUCCUGGCUGUGCAGGUGAACCGUUUCAAUGAAGGCUCGAGUCGGCAGCUCCACCACACUGUGCCGGUGACUGUUCUUCGAACGGGCUAUGUGUAUCUCUACCAGCACGAUUAG